UUGAGAAACUGCCCAGUGAGCUGUAGAUCAUCUGUCAUUGACACCGUGGACUUUUCCGCUUGGAAGGAUGAGGAGCCUAAACGUGCUUUGCCCAUAACGAAGGCUACCGUGGAAAAAGCAAUCAGAUUGGGAUUAGAACAAUACAACAGGCUUCAAGAGUCAGAAGGACGAAGAAUUCGAGCUCAAGGUCCUCCACCAAGCAGAAGCUCACAAUCGGCGGUUUUCUCACAUGCGUCCCUAAUGGCUCCAAAACGGGAAUCUCUUGACAUUGCUAGAAUUGCCGGAGUGCUUAGAGAAGCCACAAAAGUUCUGGUACAGGGGAAUGGUCUUGAAGAGAACGAAAAGCUUCCUGUGGGAUUAGACGUGUCCACUUUGCAGCUGCUUCUGCCAGAUGUGGAAGUAGACAAGAUUGUUGGGAAUUUUACACCAUUUCUCGGACGUGAACCACUCCCACAAGAACAAUGCCUACCACAGCCUCUUCCCUGCGAUCACACGACAAAAUAUAGAUCCUACUCGGGUUGGUGCAACAACUUGCGAUUUCCGAAGUAUGGAAAUGCAUUCACAGGAAUGCGACGUCUUCUCGAUCCUGCUUAUGACGAUGGUAAUUAA